ACUAAUUAUAUAAAAUCAUCUCAUGAUGAGUUGGCCUUUUGUGAGAAUUUGUAUAUAAACAUAAUUAAGUGUGAAUUUUUGUAAUUAAUUGUAAUUUUACUUGGGCAGUUGGUAUAAGCAAUGCUUUUACAAUUCUCUUUCAAUUCCAUUUUUUCGGUUAUAACUUAAUUAAAAGAAGAAAAAUAAUUCUUUUGUCUUAUUUUGUUUUGUCGUACACUGAUAAAUUUGUAACAAAAUAAGCUGGCGGAGGUUGGCAAAGAAUAUUGGUUGGACACAGAGUUUUCAGGGCUCCGGUGACCCAAAGGAGACUUUCACCACAAUGCUAUUUGGCCCACAGUAUUUGGCGAAAAGGCUUUAUCAAUUUUCUCCGCCUGAGGAUUUUGAGCUUAUUAUGACUUUGAAAAGAACAUCAACAUUAUUCCUUCAUGAUUUAUGGAAACCUGCGGCGAAAUUAACCAAGGAGAGGUAUGGAUCAGUUCGGACUGUUUAUGUGAUUUGUGAUCGAGAUCAAGGAAUUUUAGUUGAUUUUCAGCGGUGGAUGAUUGAGAAUCAUGGGGUGAAGGAGGUGAAGGAACUUGAGGGAUCAGAUCAUAUGCCAAUGUUCUGCAUGCCAAAAAAGCUCUGUGAUUGUUUUAUGGACAUCAUUGCCGACAAGUAGUUUACUAUUUCCAAGCAUGAUGGAGUAGUCAUCAGUCAACUACCUCUUCCUUUACUCUCUCUCUUUGAAAUUUAAUAUAUAAUUCCCCUUCAUUAUACUCGCUACUAAUAGGGACUUUUCUCCAUUAAACAUAUCACUAUCAGUUGCAAGUAUUUCGAACGGAGGUAAUAGAGUAUUUCAUUUUGAUAUGUAUGAGCUUGUCAUAUAAUAAAUAAAAUAUUAUGAUAUUCAAAUAUAUAGAAUAAAUUGUGAUUACAACGUUAAACU